AUGUCGCGCUGCCAGGACGAUGCAGAUGACCAUCCCUUUGAGUACAACUGGAUCAAUGGCGCUGAACACCUUGAAAAAUACAAGCCCGAAGGCUACCAUCCAAUCAUGAUUGGCGAUGUGCUCCAUGACCGCUACCGCAUCGUGGACAAGCUGGGCUUUGGGGGUUAUUCAACUGUUUGGCUUGCGCAGGACAGAUACCAGGAUGAUUAUGUCGCCGUCAAGGUUGGGAUUGCAAAUUCACUCUCCCAGGAGAUGAAGUGUCUCCGAACUCUCUCUGCUUCAUCUGUACAUCCCGGUCACGAUGCGAUUCCAUCUCCUCUGGAUGAAUUCGAGGUUCGUGGACUUAAUGGGGCUCAUACAUGCUACACGAUGGUUCCUGCACGAUGCAAUCUGAGAGAGGUGUCGUUUAGCUGUUUGUUUCCCCUCGAUGUCGCACGAGCGUUAGUCGGUGGAGUGGCGAUGGCUGUCUCCCAUAUGCAUUCAUGUGGAUACGUUCAUGGAGAUAUCCACCUCCGCAAUAUUUUGGUCAAACUUCCAUCCAGCUUCAACCAUCUAUCCGUCAAACAGUUUUACGAGAAAUAUGGCGAACCAGAGACCGUCCCCAUUACGCUCCGAAACGGAAAGCCGCUCCCACCGAACGUUCCACCAAAAGCAGUAAUUCCGCUGUACCUGGGCAUGGACGCGGAUGAGUUCAAACUGAAUGAUGCACAAGUACUCCUCAGCGAUUUUGGCGAGUCAUAUUCCCCGUCAUCAGAAAUUCGCCGAGGAGAGGACUGUCACGCACCACUUGCAGUACGGCCUCCAGAAGCUAGAUUCGAACCGCGGGCCCCUCUCUUAUACUCGGCGGAUAUCUGGAGUCUGGCAGUGGCAAUUUGGGAGAUAUUGGGCAUGAAGGCAAUAUUUAGUAAUGAAUAUAUUACAGAGGAUGAGAUGGUCUCCCAGCAUAUCGACGUGCUAGGGCCGAUGCCUAGGAGUUGGUGGGAUCGCUGGGAGGAACGUGGAGAAUUCUUUGAUCAAGAUGGACAUCCAACGGAAGGGCGGGAGAUAUGGCCCGAGCUUGAACAGGCGUUUGAGCGAGGUGUGCAGGACUAUCGACGAAAGCUCCAAAGGGGGGUAUUUGGAGAGGAGGAAAAACAGGCUAUUCUCGAUCUCAUCCGUCGGAUGCUGACAUUUCAACCGGAAGAACGACCAACAAUCGAGGAGGUUCUGGAAUCCGAGUGGAUGGUUAAAUGGGUGUUACCUGACAUGAAGAGUUGCAGGAACAGUAAAUAA